AUGGCAACUGAAGCAGCGAGGUCGCAAGUGACACCAUCCAAUGCUACGUUUAAGAGCAAGGAGAAACCACAGGAGGUACGUAAGGCUAAUAUCUUAGCAGCAAGAGCGGUAUCCGAUGCUAUUAGAACAUCUCUUGGUCCAAAAGGAAUGGAUAAAAUGAUCAAGACGAAAAAUGGUGAAAUCAUAAUAUCGAAUGAUGGAGCUACGAUUCUUGAGCAUAUGGCAGUUUUGCAUCCAGCAGCUAGAAUGUUGGUUGAUGUAAGUCAUGCUCAGGAUGUUGAGGCAGGCGAUGGUACGACAACGGUGGCUAUUUUAACAGGCGCGUUUUUAGGAGCUGCAGAAAGAUUAUUGGCCAAGGGGAUACAUCCAACGUUGAUCGCUGAGUCCUUCCAAAGGGCUGCACAGAGAUCUGUGCAGAUCCUUUUGGAAAUGUCACACAAAAUUAAGCUCGAGGAUAGAGAGCAAUUGAUUAGAGCCGCUACAACUUCAUUGAGUUCGAAAAUCGUGUCACAACAUUCACUGUUAUUGGCCCCCUUGGCAGUGGACUCUGUUUUAAGAGUGAUGAACGAGCAGAAGGACAAUGUCGAUUUACACGAUAUUAGGUUGAUCAAAAAAUUGGGAGGCACAAUCGAUGAAACAGAGUUGGUUGAUGGUGUAGUUUUGACCCAAAGUGUUGUUAAGAAUGCCAUGGGCCCAACAAGAAUGGAAAAAGCCAAAAUAGGGUUGAUACAGUUCCAAUUGUCGCCACCAAAGCCAGACAUGGAAAAUAACGUGGUAGUGAAUGACUAUAGACAAAUGGACAAAAUUUUGAAAGAAGAAAGAGCAUACUUGUUGAACAUUUGUAAAAAAAUUAAAAAGGCAAAAUGUAAUGUUUUGCUAAUCCAAAAAUCAAUAUUGAGAGAUGCAGUGAAUGACUUGGCUUUACACUUUUUAUCCAAAUUGAAUAUAAUGGUGAUUAAAGAUAUCGAAAGAAAUGAAGUUGAAUUCUUAUCAAAAGCUAUUGGAUGUAAACCAAUUGCAGAUGUCGAAAGCUUUAGCGAAGAUAGACUAGGCCAGGCACAGCUAGUUGAAGAGACUGAAAGUUCAGGCUCGAGAAUUGUUGAGAUAAAAGGAGUAACAUCAAAGAAUACUAAACCAACUGUGUCGAUCAUUGUCAGAGGAGCUAAUAAUCUUAUCGUGGAUGAAACUGAAAGGUCGUUGCAUGAUGCAUUAUGUGUCAUUAGGUGCUUGGUUAAGGAGAAGGCAUUGAUAGCUGGAGGGGGAGCUCCAGAAAUAGAAGUUUCUAGACAGCUCAUGAAAGAGUCGCACCAUUUGUUUGGUGUUGAACAAUUUGUUUAUCAGGAAUUUGCUCAAGCUCUAGAAGUCAUUCCAACUACAUUAGCGGAAAAUGCCGGGUUAAAUCCUAUAAAUGUGGUUACAGAAUUGAGAAAUAGACAUGAGAAUGGAGAGAAAAAUGCAGGUAUUUCCGUUAGGAGAGCAGGUGCUUCAAAUACAUUUGAUGAGCAUGUCUUGCAACCUGUCUUGGUAUGUACCAGUGCCAUUGUAUUAGCUUCAGAGUGUGUGAAAUCGAUUCUCAGAAUUGAUGAUAUCCAAUUUAGUCGUUAA